AUGCUGGGUCUACCUACUCUUCUCUUACUCCUGGGGGCUGUCAAUGGUGCUAUACCUUCCCGUGCUCACUGGAAGCCAACUUGGCCGACCUACAAGGUCCCGGUCAUCGUGCCACAGUUGACUAUAAAUUUAGACAAGCCACAGUUUGAUGCAGAAGCCAAGCUAGAAGUGGUGUCGCCUUGUGGCCCAUCCUGCCACAAGCGUUCUCCCCUGCCCACCUACGAGGAGGUGAAGGACUAUUUGUCCUAUGAGACUCUGUACUCCAAUGGUUCACGCACGGAGACGGAAGUUGGCAUUUACAUCAUUACCGGCAGCAACAGCGGGUCCCAAAGCCGGUCUCGGACCAAGAGACAGAUCUACGGAUACGACACAAGGUUUAACAUUUUUGGCAAGGACUUCCUGCUGAACUAUCCCUUCUCCACUUCCGUGAAGUUGUCCACGGGCUGCACCGGAACAUUAGUGGCCGAGAAGCACGUCCUGACAGCCGCUCACUGCAUUCAUGAUGGCAAAAGUUAUGUCAAGGGAGCCAAGAAACUAAGGGUGGGGUUCCUGAGGCCCAAACUGAAAGACGGUAGCAAAGGGGCAAACGUCAGCAGCUCCCCAGAGCCGGAGAGAAUGAAAUUCCAAUGGAUCCGUGUCAAACGGACCCAUGUCCCCAAAGGAUGGCUCAAAGGGAAUGCCAAUGACAUUGGCAUGGAUUAUGACUAUGCCCUGUUGGAGCUGAAGAAGGCUCACAAGCGAAAGUUCAUGAAAAUAGGAGUCAGCCCAUCCGCCAGGCAGUUACCUGGCGGAAGGAUCCAUUUCUCAGGCUAUGACAACGACCGGCCCGGGAACCUGGUUUACCGUUUCUGCGAUGUCAGAGACGAGACCUAUGAUCUCUUAUAUCAGCAAUGCGAUGCCCAGCCGGGGGCCAGCGGUUCCGGAGUUUAUGUCAGGAUGUGGAAGAGGCAGCACCACAAAUGGGAACGUAAAAUUAUUGGGAUUUUUUCCGGACACCAGUGGGUGGACACCAAUGGGUCCCCCCAGGACUUCAACGUGGCCGUCCGCAUCACCCCCCUCAAAUACGCACAGAUCUGUUACUGGAUCACAGGCAAUUAUCAGGAAUGUAGAGAAGGCUAAAGUCCAUGAACAUUCCAGCACCGUCAUGGCUGGUUAUUUGUGGGGGGGGCAAGGCGGCAGGGGUGGGGGGAGCGGAAGGAGACCCAGACUCUUCUAUAUUGCCAAUCUGUGUGCAUUUCUCUUUUAAAAAUACUUGGAUGCAGGAAUUAACAGGGAUGUCUGCAGUAUUUAUGAAGGUAAUUUGUGUUAACUAAUAAAUACAGCUAGAGAUGUGUAUUUGGCAAAGAGAGGUGGACAAGCCCUAGAUACAGAAGAGUUCUGGAUCUGGGAGAACCAUGUCUUUCCUCCACCACUCGACAAGCUUCUCAGUUCUUUGUCAUGACUGUAGCCUUCUUCCUUUUGCAUAUUUUCUGUCUUACAACAUUUCUGCAUUGACACAAAAUCUACAGGAUUGAAACUGCCUUAAAUGCCUUUAUUAACCUUUUGCCACUUUCCUGGGGUGGACGGUGCUACUUGACCAGCCCUCUGACAUGAUGCACAAUGUUGGUAGAGUCUUCACCGUGGCAAGUGUGGCCAUAUGACAUUCCUCAAUGCCGCAUCCAGAGUUUUUACAAGAGUAUUCAU